AUGCAUGCCGCCCGCGCACCCGGUGUGGUUGUGAUGUCAUGGUGGUGGACACUGGCGGUGCUCGUGGUUUCACAGCCCGUCCGCGCCGCGCCCCGGGCGGCCACCGGUGAGAUAUUUUACAGCUACCAGAUGUCACGCAAAUCAUGCGUCGCCGGGGGCGCACGGGGUGCUUGCAUGUGGGUGCAAGAAUGCAAUCGAGUUGGAGGCAAACAUGCGGGUGUUUGCGUGGACGGAUUUAUGUUCGGUUCGUGUUGCAGACUACCCGAAAAACCGAUUGUUAUAGAAGAAUCACAAAGUCCAAUUACCAUCACAGAACGACCGUUUGACAUCGCCAUCAACCGAACGAACGCAGGUCCCGUCUCGGCCUCCAACACAAACCCAACGCCCUUCGUUCAUGACAAAACCCAUAGAUGGCGCGCCGUCAAAUAG